GUCCCGGAGCAAGGGCAGCCCGUCUCCUGCGGGGCUCGCAGGCAGCCCCCCUCUAUGCCUCCGCGCCUGCCUCGGGGAAGACGGAGCCUCCGGCGGGGCCAGCUGAUCGCGGCUGAUCGCGCAAGGCGCGUGGCUCUUUGCGGGCGAUGGAGCAAACGUACGGGGAAGUGAACCAGCUGGGAGGCGUCUUCGUCAACGGGAGACCCCUGCCCAACGCCAUCCGCUUGAGGAUCGUGGAGCUGGCCCAGCUGGGGAUCCGACCCUGCGACAUCAGUCGCCAGCUGCGGGUCUCUCACGGCUGCGUGAGUAAAAUCCUGGCCCGCUACAACGAGACGGGCUCCAUCCUCCCCGGAGCCAUCGGCGGGAGCAAACCGCGGGUCACCACCCCCAACGUGGUCAAGCACAUCCGGGACUACAAGCAAGGGGACCCGGGGAUCUUCGCGUGGGAGAUCCGGGACCGGCUGCUGGCCGACGGGGUGUGUGACAAGUACAACGUGCCCUCCGUGAGCUCCAUCAGCAGGAUUUUAAGGAACAAAAUCGGGAACCUCUCCCAGCCCAGCCCCUACGACAGCACCAAGCAGCCUCCCCCCCAGCCAACGCUGCCUUAUAACCACAUUUACCAGUAUCCCUACCCCAACCCCAUGGCCUCCUCUGGGACCAAACUGGGCCAUCAUCCGGGCGUGCCGGUCACAGCUGGACAUGUCAGUAUCCCCAGAUCCUGGCCCUCGGCGCAUUCAGUCAGCAACAUCCUAGGUAUCCGAGCCUUCAUGGAGCAAACAGGGCCUCUGGCUGGGACAGAGGGGUCUGCCUACCCACCAAAAAUGGAAGACUGGCCCAGUGUGAACAGAACGGCCUUCCCUCCCGCCCAGGCAGUCAAUGGGAUUGAUAAAGCUGCAAUGGAAGCGGACAUUAAGUACCCCCAGCCUGCCCCUGGCCUUUCCACCGUCGGCAGCUUCCUCCCAGCCUGCGCCUACCCCUCCUCCAACCAGCACGGGGUUUACGCUGGCCCCGGGGCGGGCUACAUCACCCCCGGGCCCCACUGGCAGGCGCAAAGCAGCCCCCUGGCUCACCACGGGCCCGGAGUGACGGUCGCCGGAGGAGAGCUGUGCACCGCCAUGGCCUUCAAGCAUCCCGCCCGGGAAGUUGUGCCCAUUGGAGGCCCGGCCCAGCAGUUUUAGUAUCUUUCCAUAGACUUCAGCUGGAGUUGGACCGGCCCUUGGAUUUUAGCAUUGUGGCGGGUGGAAGCUCAAAGGCGAUGCGGAGGAAUUACC